UUGCUGCAGGUGACGACUGAUUGCCAUGAGUUCAAGUAUUUUCCUCUGAUUUGCUGUUCAGUGGGCCGAAGUGAGGGAUGGCUACGGAAGCCAAGUACAGCAUCGUUCGAGAGGUGGGCCGAGGGAGCUAUGGGGUGGUUUACGAGGCCAUUGUUAAUCAAACUAGAAGCAAAGUAGCUGUUAAAAGGAUGCACUGCAACGUGCCUGAAAAUGUAGAACUGGCUCUGCAAGAGUUCUGGGCCCUGCAGAGCAUCCAGAGGCAACAUGAAAACGUGAUCCAGUUGGAGGAGUGUAUCCUGCAGAACGGCCAAGUCUUUCAGCCAAUUAGUCAUCGUUACAGGAAAUCAGACAGCCAUUUGCUGCUCAUUGAGACCUGCCUGAAAGGGCGGAGGUGCAUGGAUCCCAAAUCGGCCUGCUUUCUGUGGUUUGUGAUGGAGUUUUGCGAUGGUGGCAACAUGAAUGAGUACCUGCUGUCUCGCAGCCCCGAUGCUCAGCUGAAUAACAGCUUCAUGCGGCAGCUCAGCAGCGCUGUGGCUUUCCUGCACAGAAACCAGAUCGUGCACAGAGACCUGAAAUCUGACAAUAUUUUGAUUUCUCAUAGACGUGGAAGUCCCAUAGUGAAGGUAGCAGAUUUUGGCCUCAGCAAGGUGUGUCAGGGGAAAGGGAAUGUGAACCAGCAUCGCUUCUCCUCUGCCUGUGGGUCAAACUUCUACAUGGCUCCAGAAGUAUGGGAAGGUCACUACACUGCCAAGGCUGACAUAUUUGCCCUUGGGAUAAUUUUCUGGGCUAUGGUCGAGAGGAUCACCUUCCGAGACGGGGAUACUGAGAAGGAAUUGCUCGGAACUUACAUCUGCCAAGGCAAGGAGCUUAUUCCCCUCGGAGAAGCGUUGCUGGAGAAUCCCAACAUGAAAUUACAAAUUCCCCUGAAGAACAAGAAGUCCAUGCCAGAUGAUCUCUGCAAGCUCCUGCACGAUAUGCUGGCUUUUAACCCAAAGGAAAGAUUGGAUGCCUUCCAACUAGAAGUCCGAAUCAGGCAAAUCUCCUACGGCAAAAAGCGUCAACGCUCUGUCUCGUAGAGACGAAGGACGUUCAGGUUAGUGUCUCUGCCAGGCUACUCCCUAUUUAGGCUGAGCUUACGGGGGGUUUUUUGUGAUUGACCUCCAGGCCAAAGCCCUCUAAGUCAAACGUGACCUGUGGCAGUUCUGAAAAUUCAGCGAUAGAAAGAU